GUAAGGUCAUUAGAGUUUACUAAUCUGUAAUAUGUGAUGUAAUUAGUUGCAAUAGUUAGGGAUUAGUUUAAGUGUUUAGUUUAGUGGAGGUUGUCAGUUGCUGAGCUGUCAUGUUGUAAUGCCAAGCUGUUGGUUAUAAGUGGGGAAUCUCCCCCCGAUUGUAUUCAGUUGAGAAUUUGGGAAAUCAAGAAUAGAAUACUCUUUUCUCUUUCUAGCUUUGCCUUCCUUCUCUCUUCUUCUCUGUUAUGGAUUCAUGGUGUACUAUAUUCAUGGAUUUCUAUAUGGUAUCAAAGCUUACGACGAGAGUCACACGAUCCUGAGGCUGAAUCUUAAUGAUUCUUCUUGGUUCUGAAAUUCAUGUUCGUGUUGGUUGAUUUUGUGUCUACCUAAAACCCUAACUUCAAGCUUGCUCAAAUGGCGAUGGAACUCACACAAGUCCGCGGUCGAAUCUUCAUGAUUUCUCGCUCGAUUUUCAAUUCUCUGUUGGUUGAUUUUAUGACUACGUGAAAACCCUAACUUCAAGCUUGCUCAAACGGCGGUGAAAAUCACACGUCUGAGGUCGAAUCUUCACAAUUUCUAGCUCGAUUUUCAAUUCUCUGUCUCACGGAAUUAAAGCUUCUCUUCUGGUUUGUUCUUUGUCAUGACUUCCACAGCAACAACGGUAACCUUACCUCAUUCUCUCAUGUUCCUUGUUGCUAAUUUUCAUUCGCUGGUGAAUAUAAAGUUGGAUAGCACAAAUUAUUUGUUAUGGCGAUUGCAAGUGGAAAAUGUUAUGCAAGCAAAUGGCUUUUACGAGUAUCUAGAGGGGACUGUUGAAUGUCCACCAUCUCCGAUUAGUUCUAUUGAAGGAAUCCUAAGUUCUAACCCUGCAUUUGUUCUGUGGAAACUGAUAGACACUCAGCUUCUUUCCUGCCUAACGGCAUCUCUGUCACCUUGUACUUUGCCCUAUGUUCUAGGGUUACACCAUGCUUAUGAGGUUAAGGAUUCACUAUCAAACCGCUGUAACUCUCUCUCAAAAAGUAAUGUGCAAGAACUUAAGAGUAAACUGUAUUCUAUUACCAAGACCUCUACGAUUGAGAAGUAUGUUGAUACUAUCAAAGAAUAUGCCCAAAAAUUAGUUUCAGCAGGAAGUCAGGUUGACAAUGAUGAUCUCAUCUUUCAUACUCUUCGAGGUCUUUCUAAAGUUUUCAAUAGUUUUAAGACCACAGUUAGAGGGCUACAACAAGGUGGUCAUAGUCUCACAUUUAACGAAGUUGUCACUAUGCUUCAUGGAGAAGAUAUUCAGCUUCUACAGGAAUCCUCUGCAGAAAUUGAAAUUGGUUAUGUCUUGGUUGCUACUCAUGGUCAAGGGAAAAUGCCAACAGGAUCCAUGGCAUCACCAUCAUCUUCUACUCUGAAUGUACCACAACUACCAUCAUCAAUAGCUUCAUCUUACAAUGGCUUAACCCAGUCUUUUGGGCAACUUGGUCUUUCUCCUCAGCAAUUUGGACCUUCUCAACAGUAUGGUUCUCAACUGUCAUUUGGUUUUCCAGGUCCAUAUGGUUCUUACCAAUCUCAACCACUUCAGUACAUUGGACCAACUGGACAACAAUCUUUGCCUCCUCAGUUUUCUCAACAAUUCUUUCAACCUUCUUUCAGGAAUUUUAAUCGAGGCAGAGGGAGAGGUCCACGUAUGCCAUGUGAGAUAUGUGGGAAGAGUAAUCAUCCAACAAACUAUUGUCACUAUAGGCCUCAAUCACCAUAUUUUCCCAAUCUUCAAUGGAGGCCUCCUGCUCAAACUGCUCCAUGGAUGUCUUAUUCUACACCAUGGAUCCAUGGAUAUCCCUCUGGCAUGCCUAUGUAUCAACCUCAUACCCCACAAUCUCAAUCACCUAUGGUUCAGCAAUUUGGACCUUCUCAGGCAUCUAGUGUUCCCAUUCCAUCACCUCAAACACCAUUUGCUGGCUUUACUGAAGCAGUUUCUGUCCCAUCUAUGGAUUACUAUUCUGGUUGUUACACAGGAACACAUCAGUCUUUUGCUCCUUCUCCAGCAGGGGUCAGAGGAGCUCAGUUUAAUGUUUCUAAUUCAAUGCUUCCUUCAGUUGCAAGCUCAUCCAGUGUUUCUGCUCAACCAUGGUAUUUUGACAGUGGAGUAACACAUCACAUCACAAAUAAUCUUCAGAAUCUAGCUAAUCCACAACCUGCAAAUGGGACUGAUGGUAUAAUGGUUGGCAAAGGUUCUCAACUUCAGGUUUCUCAUAUUGGCAAAGGACAAGAAUACUCACAAAAUCCUAUACAAGGGGCCGUGUCACCAGGGGUUGUACCCCAUGCUGACCUCCUCUGAGUACACUUCUGGUCUCAACACAUACACAGCCCUUGUCAGUACAUCUUCUUCUUCUGCAAAUCUAUGGUAUCAAAAGCUAGGUCACCCAAGUCUCCCUUUGUUUCAAGCUUUAAUAAAACAACAUGCUUUACUUGUUUCUAAACCUCAUUUGCUUCAUUGUACAUGCUGUAAUAUGGCCAAGAGCCAUAAACUUCAAUUUCAUGUUUCUGUCUCUAGUACUACUGCUCCUUUCCAAUUAAUUCAUAUGGAUGUGUGGGGGCCUUCCCCUGUGCCUUCUCAUAAAGGCUUUAGAUACUAUUUGCUGGUUAUUGAUGACUUUUCUAGAUAUACCUGGUUAUUUCCUCUUCAUUACAAGUCUGAGGUCAAACAUGCUAUUGUUCAAUUUAAGGCUUAUGUUUCCACACAGUUUAACAUCACUAUUCAGACUAUAAGAAGUGAUAAUGGGGGUGAGUUUAUUAAUAACUUCCUUCUUAAUCUCUUUCUUAUGAGUGGUAUGAUACAUCAAACUUCAUGUCCUCAUACCCCAGAGCAAAAUGGUUUAGUUGAAAGGAAACAUAGGCAUCUUAUUGAAACAACUAUCACUCUUCUUUUACAAUCUCACUUACC